AUGUCAUACACGCGCUUCAGCAUUGCCCGGCAAAUGGAUGGAGACAACAGCCACGUGGAGAUGAAGCUGUCUGCUGAUGAUGAGGAAGGAGGGGAAACUGGGAGACCAGAGCACCUGCAUGCCAACAUGCCUCCCCGAUGGAGGAGUGGCAAGAAUGUCUGCUUCCUAGUCAUUGCAGCUGUCCUUCUCCUUUUGAUUGGGUUUCUGAUCGGCUACUUGAGUUAUCGUGGACGAAUGCAGAAGGCUAGCAGGUGUCUGGAUGGAAGUGGCAAGUGUGAGAUGUCUCCCACCGCGUCUUACUUAGCAUAUGGUGGUGAAACUGAGGAAGAAGAGGAGGUUCCUGGACCACCUGUCUUCUACUGGCCUAAACUCAGAGACCUGUUGUCAGAUAAGCUGUCAGACAGACAUUUGGAGGACAACUUGAGGCAAAGAGCAAAUUCGUACUCUUUUGAAGCUGGCCAGAGUGAAGAUGAGACCCUUGCCAGUGAGAUUCACGACCAGUUUGCCAGCUUCCUCUUGGAUGAAGUGUGGAAUGAUGAGCACUACAUUAGGCUGCAGGUCAAAGGCAGGAGCAAUAACAGAGUGUCUAUUCUGGAAAAUGGUGAAGAGGAAGAACUGGAAAGUCCUGAUGCAUAUGUGGCAUACAGCAAGAGUGGCUUAGCUGUUGGCAAACCAGUCUAUGUGAACUAUGGACUGAAAGCAGAUUUUCAGAGGAUACAGAGUCAGGGUGUUCCACUGAAUGGGACUAUAAUCAUCUUCAGAGCUGGAAAAAUAACCCUUGCUGAGAAGGUUGCAAAUGCCAAAGAGGCAGGAGCAGUUGGUGCCCUGAUGUACCUGGACCCCAGUGAUUACAAGAUGACAGAUGUGCUUGUCCCCUUCGGACAUGCCCACCUUGGAACUGGAGACCCUUUCACCCCAGGCUUCCCUUCUUUCAACCACACCCAGUUCCCACCAGUGGAAUCUUCUGGACUGCCUCGCAUUGCUGUUCAGACUAUCUCUAGCCAAGCGGCAGGGAAGCUGUUCAGAAUGGUGGAUGGAGAUGAAUGCUUUUCAGACUGGAAAAGUGGGGUCAUGGGAGGAUGUAAGGUGAUGCCGAGAAGCACGAGCAACAUGGCAGUGAAACUGAGCAUAAACAAUGUUAUGGUGGACAGGAAGAUUCUGAACAUCUUUGGUGCUAUCAAGGGAUCUGAAGAACCAGAUCGAUACGUUGUGAUCGGAGCCCAGAGAGACUCCUGGGGCCCAGGAGCAGCCAAGGCUGGUGUUGGAACUGCCAUGUUGUUGGAACUUGCCCGUGUGAUCUCAGAGAUUGUGAAAACUGAUGGCUACAAACCAAGGCGCAGCAUCAUCUUUGCAAGUUGGAGUGCAGGAGACUACGGAGCUGUGGGUGCUACUGAAUGGCUGGAGGGGUACUCUGCCACGCUGCAUGCCAAAGCCUUCACUUACAUUAACUUGGAUGCUGCAGUCCUAGGCUUCAACCACAUGAAGAUUUCUGCUAGCCCAUUGCUGUACACAUUGCUGGAGAGAACUAUGAAGGGGGUGAAGGACCCAACAAAGGAAUCUGGAAGCCUGUAUGACAGAGUUGGCUCUGACUGGGUGAAAACAAUUGUUCCCCUUGGUCUGGAUAAUGCAGCGUUCCCUUUCCUGGCCUACUCAGGAAUCCCAGUGGUUUCCUUCGGUUUCUGCAAUAAAGAUGAGGAAUAUCCCUUCUUGGGCACUGCUCAGGACACUGUGGAGAACCUGAAGAUGACUGACAAGUUGUAUGCCCUUAUGCGUGCUGCUGCAGAAGUUGCUGGACAAGUAGCUCUCAGGCUGACCCAUGAUCAUGAGCUGUUCCUGGACUUUGAGAGAUACAGUGAAGAAUUGCUAGCGUUCCAGGAGAAGUUUUUGCCCUACAAUCAGCAAGUGAAGGAGCUGGGGCUGACCUUGAACUGGCUGUUUUUCGCCCGUGGUGACUUCCAGCGAGCUACAGAUGCAUUGAGAAUAGACAUUGCAAACAGUGACAGGGAAAACAGGAUUGUCCGCAGAGCCCUGAAUGACAGGAUCAUGAAGGUGGAGUACGACUUCCUCUCCCCAUACCUGUCACCAAAAGAUGCUCCCUUUCGCCACAUCUUCUUUGGCAGAGGCUCCCACACCCUGCAGAGUCUGCUGGAGAACCUGCAGCUGCUGAGAACCAGCAGGAGCAGCGUGGACGUGGACAUGCUGAAAGAGCAGCUGGCCCUGAUGACCUGGACCAUUAAAGGGGCUGCCAAUGCCUUAGCAGGUGAUAUCUGGGAUACAGACAAUGAAUUCUAGGCACAGCAAACACCUGGUUCAGGUACAGGAUUAGGGAAACCCACUCCCUAACAUGGCGUU